CGGGCUUUUGAAGCGCGCGUUUGGCGGCUGCUGGCAGUGCGCCUCACUUGUCUCUACCAACCCACCAUCUACGGUCUGAGGUCUAUAGUCUGCCAUGCUUUCCCUAGCUGUCCUUCUGCCAGUGCUGGCCGGCUCAGCGCUAGCACAGGUUCCUCUUCCCAAUCCCCAGUGGCAGCCCCAGAACGCCUCGGCAGGCGCGGUCCCUUCUCCGUAUGGCACUUCUCAGCCUAACCCACAGUGGUCAAAUCUCCUUGGCGAUCUUCUCUGGUUCUACGAGGCUCAGCGCAGUGGCAAUCUCCCAUCCACCAACAGGGUUUCCUGGAGAAACAACAGCGCUACCUCUGAUGGCUCAGACGUCAACCUUGAUCUCACUGGCGGUUAUUAUGAUGCUGGAGACUAUAUCAAAUGCACCUUUCCUCUUUCCUUUGUUUUAAUGUCGAUAUGUUGGGGAGCGACAGAUUUUGGAAAGGGCUACGACCUCUCUAACCAGACGCCUUACUUGGACGAUAUGCUGCGAUGGGGGCUUACAUGGCUUGAAAAGGCACAUCCGGCUAAUGACACGCUUUUUGUACAAGUUGGCGAUACCAAUGCGGAUAACGCCUACUGGGGUGGUGACCAGAACAUACCCGGGUCGCGUCCAUCUUUUCAGAUCAAUGGAACAAACCCAGGAACAGAUGCUGCAGCUGGUGCUGCAGGCGCCUUCGCUGCUUGCUCCAACCUGUACUCCAACCGCCUCUUCUCCAACGCUUUCUCAGGAGCCGCCACCCUCCAGAACUCUUCAUACGCUUCAGAGCUUCUACAGCACGCCGAACAGCUUUAUGAUUUUGCUGUUCAUGCCCCGGGAGGCAUGACAGAAUAUCAGAACAACGCACCAGUUGCUGGCGAUGCCUACGCUUCUUCUGGUUAUGGUGACGAGCUAACGAUGGCGGCCCUUUUUCUUGCCUGGGCCACAAACUCGAGCUCGUACUACCAAGAUGCGCACACCUACUACUCUAAUUACAGUCUCAAGGGAUACAAAGGUGUGUUCAACUGGGACAACAAGACGCCAGGCGUCAACGUCUUGUUCGCCCAGAUUGAACAGGCAGGCGGCUUCGGCGGGGGUAACCUCUCGAACUGGCAGUCUGAGGUCGAACGCUACCUUGACGGUAUUGUGUACGGCGGCGGCGACGGCUGGAUGACGAAGGUGGUCUGCUAUAUUACGAUGGCGAUUCGGACGACGCGAGUCUCAACCCUGCGCUGAAUGCGGCUAU